UUAUUUGAACUACUGUGGAAGUUAACCAUAACAUAACCAACAAUUGAUUCAGUAUCAAUUUUCACGUGGAUGUCAACAUGCGGCCGAAGGAACAUAUAAAAUUACAAGACUCUGAUUAUGAGCCUACAGACUCUGAUGAUGAUUUAUCAGAGAAUGACUUAAAGCUGUUAAAGAAAGCAAGAAAUAAAGGACCCAAAUAUUCAGACUCUGAAGAAGAAAUCUAUGGGGUACGUUCAGAAUCUGAAGAUGAAGAGGAUGUGCAAAGUGAAAUUGCUCUUAGUGAUGUCGAAGGACAGGAGGAUGAUGGUUUACCAAAUGCAAAAGCAUGGGGUAAAAAGAAGAGUCAUUACUAUGCUACUGACUAUGUAGAUCAAGAUUAUGGUGGCUUCCAAGGCCAGGAUGCAGAAGAUGCAGAGAAGGAAGAGGAAGAAACAAGAAAUUUACAAGCUGAAUUAGUGAAGCAGCUAGAUGAUGAUGACUUCUCUUUAGGAUUUGAGGCUAAAGAGCAACCUAAAGUUGAAAAAGAAGUGGUGAAGGAAGUAGUUAAAACUGAUAUUACUACUUUAAGUAAGAGACAAAGAUUAGAACUCUUGCAGAAAGAAUCACCUGAAUUUUUUGGAUUAGUAGAAGAUUAUGAAAGUAAAAUGGAAUUGAUUAAAGAUAUAAUUUAUCCAGUAAUCAAACUCAUAAAACAGAAUAAAAUUGAAGAUUGUCGUGCAAAGGAUUUUGUCAUGACGUAUUACGAAUUAAUUUUAAAUUACUUUAACAACAUUUACAUGUAUAUGCUUUUAAAAUCGAAUCGCGUGAACGUCCAAAAGCAUCCAAUCAUAAAGAGGUUGUAUCAAUUUCGCGAACUGUUAAAUAAAAUGGAACCCGUUUUUGAUGAAGUAAUUAAGCCUCAACUGGAACUGCUUGUUGCUAAAGUAAAUGAUGACGACGAGGGAUUACAAGUGAAAUCAAAGAAGAAGAAAACUUUGAAAUUAUUGUCCAAAUUGAGUAAGGAGAAGAAGGAAGUUGAAAAUAAGAAAAAGAAGAAGUUGGAUGAAGAGGAUAUUGACGAGGAAGUAGUUCAACCCAAGAAGAAACUUAAAGAAAGUGAUGAAGCUAUGUUGGAGGAUUCUGAUGACGAGGAUGAGGAGGACGAGGAUGGAGAAAAGGAAGAAGGGGAGGAAGAAGAACAAGCUGUAACUCAGGAAGGUGACACGAGACGUCAAAUUACUUAUCAAAUGUUCAAGAACAAGGGCUUGAUGCCAGUCAGAAAGAAGGAGCAAAGAAAUCCAAGGGUUAAGCAUAGAAAUAAGUACAGGAAAGCUAAAAUUCGCAGGAAGGGUGCUGUGCGGGAAGUGCGAACGGAAAUGUCCAGAUAUGGUGGUGAAAUAUCAGGAAUUAAAGCAUCUGUUACAAAGAGUAUCAAGAUUAAAUAA